AUGGCGGGGGGGGGCGGGGGAAGGACCCAGCCCCGCGCGCACGGCGGCGGCCGAUCUACUUUAAGGGUCCCCGGACACAAGCCUACGGACUGGGAGAAAAGGUUUUUGUUGUGGGCAGGCCAUUUCAAAAAGGCAGAGGAAAUUCCAGAGACUGUCUCGAUUGAAUCGAUCAGAGCGGCAAAGACCACCCUGCGCGUGAAGUUCAGCUAUGUGAUGAUUGCCUUGACCGUCCUGGGCUGCAUAGUCAUGGUGAUCAGAGGGAAGCAGGCUGUGAAAAGGCAUGAAUCUCUUACAAGCAUAAACUUGGAGAAGAAAGCUCAAUGGAGAGAGGAAGCUGCGCAGAGUACAUCUGCUAAACCCUAGAGUUCUGAGGAAGAAAGAGAAACCAAGAAGUGGGGAAGAAACAACAUCCCUUUCAGCACUGGGAGGCAGAUACAGUUGUAUUUUUCCUGUGUGCUAGUUCUGUACUUGUGUUCAAGAARGAAUGAAUACAUUGUCUUGUAGUCAUUAAAAACAGAAACAUUAUUUUCUUCCUGACAGCCUCCCUGUUCCUCCCUGUCUUCCUGUUAGAAGAAUAGGACAAGAGAAGAAACUGGUAGACCGCACGGUUGUUUCCCACACAUGCUAUGCAUAAGACCAGCUAUCUUAAAAGCCUGUGAGAGCCGUAUCUGUGCUCUUGCUUCCAAUUUGCUUUACCUAGUCUUGUGCGCUUUCUUACUGCUUAGGGUAACUAGGACACAAAAGAAACAGUUCAUCUGGUUGCUGCUUGUACAUCCAUCCCUGUACAAGUGGAUGAGAGAAAUAAACAAAAGCUUUCACGGGACAGGCACCCACUAUCACCAUCCUGGGACGUGGGUACUGGGCUGUGGGUCCUUUCAGGAAGGGCUGCAGGUCUCCUUAGGGCUAAGAGAGAAGAAACAUUAGGGUGGACCCCGAGUCAGAAAUAAUUAAUACUGCAUUAAUUCCGUAACAGAAUGAGCGGACGUCAUUAGGAAGCCUGAUUGUCCAAUAUAUUCUGACUAAAACACAAGUGAGAGAUUACUUUUUGUGAAGAACUGCCUUUUAAUAGAGAACAGUUACAGUGAGUGAUACUCCAYAGAACCAGUGUGUUGCAAAUGACAGCCUGGCACUUUUCAUACCAGAGUAUAGUGAUGAGAAAAAAAUCCAAGCUAAGGGAAUAAGGCGUAUUUAAAGGAAUACUGAGCAACAGCUCUAACCUGUACUAUGAGAUAAGCUCUCUAGAGGCACAGGAGUGUGUGAAAAGGUGAUUGGGGCAUUUCUAGCUUUUGGCUACUAAGCUCUUCUUUUUCUAAAAUGUAUUUAUAUUUAUUCCUGUAAAGUCCCCAUCUUUGCUUUCACGACAUUAGCCCAUGUACAAGAAGAAUUAUUUAUUUCACACUGUGCCUCAAGUUUUAGAAACAGCAGAGCCCCGAACCUGUAGGGAGCUACUCUCCACAGUCCCAUUUCUGGCAUUCAUCUCAGAAUAGCUGCAUACUGUUCAUGCUGAGCAGCCUUCAACUGCACAUGAGUGUUUGCCUCUUCCUUUUGCCUCCUUUGGAAGGAAAUACAAAUUGGGGCUGUCAGGACUGU